AUGAAUUUCGGAACACCACUCGCACUGCCUCCGGCCACAGACCAGGCUACCUUCAGGCGCUUCUUAGCCAGAGUAGCCGAUGUGGUUGGCCGCGAGAAUAUCCAAGUCGUGACCAACAAAGACGAACUAGAAGAUGGCUCCUACCACAACCAGCCCUAUACCCAUGACCCACAUCAUAUCCUCAACCAAGACCACUUUGUUGCAUCGGCUGUUGUCUGCCCCCGAUCAGUGCCUGAGGUUCAAGAUCUGGUGAAGCUCGCCAAUGAGUUCAGUAUACCACUCUGGCCAGUAUCGAUCGGACGCAACUCCGGAUAUGGCGGUGCGGCACCAAGACUCCGUGGUAGCAUCGUGAUUGAUAUGGGAAAGCACAUUCGCCGUAUCUUGGAGGUCAAUGUCGAGGGAGCUUAUGCGGUUGUCGAGCCCGGUGUGACUUUUGCGGAUCUUCAUCAGUAUCUGGUGGAACAUAACCUGAAGGACAAGCUGUGGAUUGAUGUUCCUGAUUUGGGCGGUGGAUCAGUAUUAGGCAAUGCGAUGGAAAGAGGCGUCGGUUACACUCCAUAUGGAGACCACUGGAUGAUGCACUGCGGCAUGGAAGUUGUUCUACCAAACGGAGAAUUAAUGCGCACUGGAAUGGGCGCUAUGCCGGAGCCUCGGAAGGCCGGCACGGUACCAGGGCGUCUGGAUGAGGAGCCUGGUAACAAAUGCUGGCAACUCUUCCCUUAUGGCUUCGGUCCCUAUAACGAUGGCAUUUUUUCGCAAAGUAAUCUCGGUAUCGCCACCAAGAUGGGAAUCUGGCUUAUGCCAAACCCUGGCGGUUAUCAGUCGUACUUGAUCACAGUUCCAAAGGAGGAGGAUCUUCGCAAAGCUGUCGAUAUUAUCAGACCCCUCAGACUGCAAAUGGUGCUCCAGAAUGUGCCAUCUAUUCGCCAUAUUUUGUUAGAUGCCGCUGUCUUAGGAUCAAAAGCAAGUUACACCUCAACCCAAGGACCUCUUGGGGACGAGGAGCUUGAUGCGAUUGCCAAGAAGUUGAAUCUAGGACGCUGGAACUUCUAUGGAGCCCUCUACGGACCGGAACCCACCAGAACUGCAUUGUGGGGCGUCAUCAAGCCAGCUUUCUCAUCAAUCGAAGGAGUCAAAUUCUUCUUCCCGGAGGAUAUCAACGAGAACUGUGUCCUACACACUAGACACAAGACUCUUCAAGGAGUUCCCACAUUCGACGAACUCAAAUGGAUCGACUGGAUUCCAAAUGGUGCUCAUCUAUUCUUCUCGCCGAUUAGCAAAGUAUCAGGCGACGAUGCCAUGCUACAAUACUCUGUCACGAAGAAGAGAGUCAUUGAAUCCGGCCUUGAUUUCAUUGGCACUUUCACAGUGGGAAUGCGAGAAAUGCAUCACAUUGUCUGUAUCGUUUUCAAUCGCAAGGAUGAAGACAUGAAGAGAAGAGCUCAUAACCUAAUCAAGGUUCUGAUCGCUGAUUGUGCCGCUCACGGUUGGGGAGAGUAUCGGACUCAUCUCGCGCUGAUGGAUCAGAUUGCAGGAACCUACAACUGGAACAACAACAUUCUGAUGAGGUUUAAUGAGACUAUCAAGAACGCUCUGGAUCCGAAGGGAAUUCUUGCCCCCGGGAAGAAUGGUAUCUGGCCGACCAAUUACGCACGAACUACCCACAAGUUGUAG